UCUCUCGUCGCCGGCGGUGGACGCUGCGCGAACCGUACUCGCCUCCCUCUCCGCCCCAGCGCUCGCUCGCACGACGAAACGCGCGGACCUGCCUCCGCGUCGCUCCGUUCGCGACCCCGGCAGGCAACGCCGGCGGCCAGCGACGACGAACGACGAAUUCCUAGCGCCCGCCCUCCGUCGUGCCCCUGCUUCCACCCCACUCCGCGCGCCCUCCUUCAUCUGCACCACUCCGUCCGCGACCCUGCGUGCGCCGGUGAGCAGUGCCGCCGAGAGGACGACCUCCGCAGCGGCGCGAAGUUUCCUCAUGACCCAGCACCACGCGAUGCGAGGAGGGCUAGCACGUUCGUUCUUCGCCCCUGCCGCCAGAGCCGCCGCGCCCUGCUGUCCGUCGCCCCUGCUGCUCCGCCGCGCCUUGCCGUCCGUCCCCCCUGCUGCUGCGCGGCGUCCCCCCCUCCCCUCUCCCCUCCCGCCGCCCUCCAUUGCUGGCAAGAUAAUAAAGAUGGACGAGGUCACACAAGCCGUUGAAAACCUGAAAAGUGAAUGGAGCCAAGCAGUUGCACAGCUUGAGGUGUGCAUUGCUGCAAUUGAAUCCUGUGGGAAGAUGGGGAAAGGGACAGAAGAAGCAAUGUCUCUUCCUAGGUUGAACGGUUCUGCACAGGAUGCACUGCAAUUGCUGAAUGCACUGCAAUGCAGGCUUGAUCUUCUGGCAGAGCAGCUACCCACUUUUGAAGAAGUUCAGUCUGGACAGGCAACCUUAGGAUCAUGGAAGGAACAGUAUCAGCGGCUGCGUGCGACCCUGAGGAGUGCUAACUUACAAGCAAAAGUGAACAUUGGAAAAGCUGCUCAAGAAGAGAGGGAGCUUCUUCUGGGAGGUGGAGAAGAGUCCACUAUUCGGAGGCGUAAUCUCCAGACAAAGGCUGGGAUGACAUCCGCUGCAGAAAGUAUUACUGAGAGCCUCCGUAUGUCUCGGCAGUUGAUGGUUCAGGAAGUGGAAAGAAGUGCUAAUACCUUGUCAACUUUUGAUGAAUCGACAAGUGUUCUCCGAAAGGCUGAAGGUGAGUAUCAAGGGCACCGCUCUUUGCUGAUGCGCACCCGUGGUAUGCUCUCCACGAUGCAACGACAAGAUGUUCUCGAUAGGAUCAUCCUGACCAUUGGGUUCCUCGUGUUCUCCUUGGCGGUUCUCUAUGUUGUCUCAAGACGUAUUGGCCUGUUGACACUGCAAAGGAAGCUGGCUGAUGCUAUCAGAUCAGGCUCAGUAUCAGCUGGAGACAUCUUGGCUAAAGUGCAGGAGGGACCUGCCCCAACAAAUGCUCCUUAUGAUGAACUGUGAUUUUACUUCCAUCCAUUGUUUAUACAUGAGCUUACAUCCAGAGGCAAGCUUACCUUUCAGAGUUCUUAUUUCUUAUUAGUACAUGUUGUCUAAAGUAACGUUUGCCCAAAAAGGCUAUACUGGUGCAUUAACCUGCUGUUAGACUUGAGUUGAAAUCGGAGUAUGCUUUAUGUUGCUUC